AUGGUGUCUAUGGUGACAUCAAUGGUUUACUGCUUAUACUUCAGCACAAGAGACCACGCCAGGGCAUUCAGACUCAACAAGGGUCUUUAUUCUGUCAAUGAAGUCAAAGCCUCUGACUGUGGCAGUGUGACCAUAUUUCAAGCAAAUUUGACACCAAUAGCCAUAAACUUGGGCUGUUGCUGCAAGAACAAUGCAAUGACAGGACAAGGUUCAGAUAAACCUGAUAAAGGAAAAGGGGUAGCCAGGCCUAAAAAAAGGCAACGGAAGGCCCCAAAGUAUGUACUUAGGGUGCCUAGUACACUACCUACCCCUACAGUACAAUCUCCCUCUACUCCUGCAGUACACCCUCCUUCUCCUACCCCUGCAGUACAUCCUCCUCCUCCUACCCCUGUUGUACACCCUCCUGCUCCUACCCAUGCAGAAGAGCCUCUGCCUCCCCCUGUGAUUAUUAUUCCCACUCCUCCCCCUGAGGUUAUUACCCCCACUCCUCCCCCUGACCCUACUUCUAUAGCUUCCUCAUCUUCUACACCGCCUUCAGCUGGUGAUGCUGAAGAUGUUGACCCGCCUUUCCAUGAUCGACCAUGGAUUGAGCCAUAUGGAAAAGGGUUUAUUCCCUCCAGAGUUGCUUCCCAGGCCAUAACACGUUCAAUUAAGCAACAGUAUUUGACUCCAUGGCCUACUUGGGGAGUCAUACCUAUAGACGACAGAAAUCCAUUCUGGGAGCGUUUUAAGAAGAAGGUGCAGUGGAAAGCUGAGCAUGAAAGUCAAAUUCAUAGAAAUUUUCACAUGAAAGCAUCUCAUCGGCUCUCAGAGAUGUUUAGGGAUGCCAGGAUUGCAGGGGAGCGCCCUGACUGGAUGGGCGAAAUUAUUUGGAACUCUUUGCUUGCACAUUGGAACACAGUAGAGUUUCGUAAGAAGUCUGCUACAGCCCAGAAGAACAGAUCGUCUGAAAGGGGUGGUGCCUUGCAUACUGGUGGGUCGAUCACGAUUCACGAGCAUGCCAUUCGUAUGGCACAAGCUCUUGGACGAGCGGUCCAUGUUGACGAGGUCUUUGCACAGACCCAUGUUCGGAAGGGCACUAAUGAAUUCGUUGAUGAAAGGUCUCGCAAGACUCAUGAAGAUUUUUCUACGAGACUUUCACAGGUUAGAUCCGAACAUGGGUCAGCUCCUACACCGGAUGAUACGAGUAAUACAGAUGACGACAUCCGUAGGACACAGUGCUGGGUCGAUGUCGUUGCAUCGAAAGGAGGUACACUGAAGCAUCAACCUUCUUCUUCCACCUCUUCUGCUGACGAGGCCAUCCAGCGCUUGACACAGCUACUGGACCAACGUGACCACGAAAACCGUGCAUUGAGAGAAGAAUACAGUGACUUGAGAGAUGAGUUCUCAAGCUUCAAGGCCCUGGUCAUGAGAGCGCUGCCUCAAACUUCAGACACUCCUUCCAUUGUCCCUCCGACCCAGCCACGACCCUCCCCGUCACCCGCCGUCCCUCAUCAGCCCACACAAGUCCAGCCCACACCAGUCCAGCCAUCUACAGAUGACCAGGAGGAUGAACAUCUUUCUGAAGACUAUGUAGAUUUUUAG